GAACGCAGCAUGCAAGAGUCAUAAUUCUAUUCCAACCUAACGUAAUCUAACCAAACCUGUCAUUCUCGUCUAUGCGUUUUAUAUAUUGUAUAUUUCAGGAAAAUUUCGUUACUCGAAUGUGUAUGUAAUCACGAAACAGUUUGAACUAAGGAAUCAAGUUCCCUUACAUUUGUAAAUAAUCGCAAAAAAAUUAUUUAUAUUAUAUUACGUUGUAAGAAUAAUUGUCCAUGGAGACUGUGCCGAAAGAUUUGCGUGGAUUAAGAGCAUGUUUGGUAUGUUCGUUGGUUAAGACCUUUGAUCAAUUUGAGUUUGACGGAUGUGACAACUGCGACGAGUUUCUUCGUAUGAAGAAUAAUAAGGAUAAUGUUUUCGAUUGUACAAGUUCCAACUUUGAUGGAAUGAUUGCUGCAAUGAGUCCAGAAGAUAGCUGGGUGUGCAAAUGGCAAAGAAUAAAUCGUUUCUGCAAGGGUGUUUAUGCUAUAUCAGUAUCAGGACGGUUACCAGCUGGUGUCAUUAGAGAAAUGAAAAGCAGAGGAAUAGUUUAUAGGCCACGCGAUACAAGUCAACGUUAAUUUUUAUCAUAAGAAUAAUUGUAAGAAAUUUUUUAUACUAUGUAAAUAUAAAAAAAAAUUUUUUUUAAUUUAUAAUACUGCACUAAAAUUACAUCAUUGUUUGAAAUGCAAUCACAUUAUUCAUUAUGUUAAAAUAAAUAUAUAAAUAAAUUUGCAUACUAUAAAUAUAAA